UUUGAUGAAUCACGUGUGUCAAGGCCCUCUUAAAGAGAUAGGCACCUACUUUCCCUCCACCCUAAACACCGCCCUAAGGGCGGCGGCGCCGGCGACCGCGGUAACUGCAGCUGCUCAGGGGCAGAGCUUGCCCUGGCGCCGAGUAGUGGCAACGGCGUGUUGCGUCGAGGGUGCCUGGGAUCCGGGAGCCUGAAAUCAGCCGCUUUCCAGGCAUACGCAUUCUCACACAGGAAGAGGAGAUACCGAAUCAGCUGGGGGCAGCGGGACCACCCAGUGGGGCUUCCCCAAGUUGAGGAGAGGUCGGGUUACAGGCCACAGGUGAUAGGGCCGGAGAAAGAUGGAGCAGCCCGGGGCGGCGGCAUCGGGAGCGGGAGGCGGCAGCGAGGAACCCGGUGGGGGCCGGAGCAACAAGCGGAGCGCGGGGAACCGGGCCGCCAACGAAGAGGAAACGAAAAACAAACCUAAAUUGAACAUUCAAAUAAAAACUUUGGCAGAUGAUGUGCGUGACCGGAUUACAAGUUUUAGAAAAUCUACUGUCAAAAAAGAAAAACCUCUUAUUCAACAUCCUAUUGAUUCUCAAGUUACAAUGAGUGAGUUUCCAGCAGCUCAGCCAUUGUAUGAUGAACGAUCUUUGAAUUUGUCAGAAAAGGAAGUACUGGAUCUCUUUGAAAAAAUGAUGGAAGACAUGAACCUUAAUGAAGACCGUAAAGCUCCUUUACGAAACAAAGAUUUUACCACCAAGCGUGAGAUGGUUGUCCAGUACAUAUCUGCUACUGCCAAAUCUAUAGUUGGAAGUAAAGUUAUGGGAGGGCUGAAAAACAGCAAACAUGAAUGUACCUUGUCUUCACAAGAAUAUGUUCAUGAAUUACGAUCUGGUAUUUCAGAUGAGAAACUUCUUAACUGCCUUGAAUCUCUGAGGGUUUCUUUAACCAGCAAUCCUGUCAGCUGGGUUAACAACUUUGGCCAUGAAGGUCUUGGACUCUUAUUGGAUGUUCUGGAAAAGCUUCUGGACAAGAAACAGCAAGAAAAUAUAGACAAGAAGAAUCAGUAUAAACUUAUUCAGUGCCUCAAAGCAUUUAUGAAUAAUAAGUUUGGACUGCAAAGAAUUCUAGGAGAUGAAAGGAGUCUUUUGCUUUUGGCAAGAGCAAUUGAUCCCAAACAACCCAACAUGAUGACUGAAAUAGUAAAAAUACUUUCUGCUAUUUGCAUUGUUGGAGAGGAGAACAUUCUAGAUAAACUUCUAGGGGCUAUAACUACAGCAGCAGAAAGAAAUAAUAGGGAACGAUUUUCACCAAUUGUGGAAGGAUUAGAAAAUCAUGAAGCUUUGCAAUUACAGGUGGCCUGCAUGCAGUUUAUAAAUGCCCUUGUCACUUCACCUUACGAGCUUGAUUUUAGAAUACAUUUAAGGAAUGAAUUCCUACGUUCAGGACUAAAAACAAUGUUACCCGAUCUAAAGGAAAAAGAGAAUGAUGAGCUUGAUAUUCAGUUGAAAGUAUUUGAUGAGAACAAAGAAGAUGACCUAAAUGAAUUAUCACACCGUCUCAAUGAUAUUCGAGCAGAAAUGGAUGAUAUGAAUGAAGUGUAUCAUCUUCUAUAUAACAUGUUGAAGGACACUGCUGCUGAAAAUUACUUAUUAUCCAUUCUGCAACAUUUUUUGCUCAUCAGAAAUGAUUAUUAUAUCAGGCCACAGUAUUACAAAAUAAUUGAGGAGUGCGUUUCACAGAUAGUGCUGCACUGCAGUGGUAUGGACCCAGAUUUCAAGUAUAGGCAAAGAUUAGAUGUUGAUUUCACGCAUCUGAUAGAUUCUUGUGUGAACAAGGCAAAAGUUGAAGAAAGUGAACAAAAAGCAGUGGAAUUUUCAAAGAAGUUUGAUGAAGAAUUUACAGCUCGACAGGAAGCUCAAGCUGAGCUUCAAAGAAGAGAAGAAAAAAUUAAAGAACUUGAAACAGAAAUCCAGCAACUUCGAACCCAGGGACAUGGACUCUCAGGUUCAUCAGGAAUUCCAGGCCCUCCUCCACCACCUCUCUUGCCUGGUGGUGGGUCAUCCCCACCACCACCACCACCACCACCUCCACCAGCACCACCUCUACCUGGAGGAGCUCUCCCUCCUCCUCCACCUCCUUUACCUGGAAUGAUUGGCAUACCACCACCACCACCACCUUUGUUUGGGGGACCUCCUCCACCAUUUCCCCUUGGAGGAGGAAUUCCUCCUUUCCCAGAAGUACCUCUUGAUCUGCCUUAUGGGAUGAAGCAGAAAAAAUUAUAUAAACCUGAGGUGCCUAUGAAGAGAAUCAAUUGGUCAAAGAUUGAACCGAAAGAACUAUCUGAGAACUGUUUCUGGUUAAAAGUUAAGGAGGACAAAUUUGAAAAUCCAGAUCUCUUUGCAAAAUUGGCACUGAAUUUUGCUACCCAGAUGAAAGUUCAAAAGAAUGUAGAAGCUUCAGAAGAAAAGAAGAUCCUGCCUGCAAAGAAGAAAGUGAAAGAAUUGAGAAUUUUGGAUCCCAAAACAGCCCAGAAUCUGUCUAUUUUCCUAGGAUCAUAUCGUAUGCCAUAUGAAGAUAUAAAAAAUAUUAUUCUGGAGGUUAAUGAAGACAUGCUGAAUGAAGCUUUAAUUCAGAACCUUGUAAAACAUCUUCCAGAGCAGAAAGUACUCAGUGAAUUAGCACAGCUGAGGAAUGAAUAUCAUGACCUCUGUGAGCCCGAGCAAUUUGGAGUUGUGAUGAGCUCAGUGAAAAUGUUGCAACCUCGUCUCGAAAACAUUCUUUUCAAGCUCACGUUUGAAGAGCAUGUAAACAACAUCAAACCAAGCAUCAUAGCAGUAACUCUUGCCUGUGAAGAGCUGAAGAAAAGUGAAAGCUUUAACAGACUUUUAGAGUUAGUUCUUUUGGUCGGAAAUUACAUGAACUCAGGCUCAAGAAAUGCCCAGUCUUUGGGUUUUAAAAUCAACUUCCUUUGUAAGAUCAGAGAUACUAAGUCAGCAGAUCAAAAAACAACCCUCUUGCAUUUUAUUGCUGAAAUUUGUGAGGAAAAAUACCGGGAUAUCCUGAAGUUUCCUGAAGAACUGGAACAUGUAGAAAGUGCAAGCAAAGUUUCAGCUCAAAUUCUCAAGAGCAACCUUACAGCAAUGGAACAACAAAUUAUUAAUCUGGAACGUGACAUCAAGAAAUUCCCCGAAACAGAAAAUCAACAUGAUAAGUUUGUGGAGAAGAUGACAAGCUUUACAAAGAGUGCCAGAGACCAGUAUGAAAAACUGUUCACCAUGCACAAUAACAUGCUAAAGCUCUAUGAGAAUCUUGGAGAAUACUUUAUUUUUGACUCUAAGACAGUGAGCAUCGAAGAGUUCUUUGGUGAUCUCAGCAAUUUCCGAACUUUGUUUCUGGAAAUUUGCCUUUAAAGGAAUGAGGAUGAAAUUUUGCAUAAAAAGAUUGUGUAUAUAUAAUCUCUGAUCCAAGAAGACUAAGUUAUUUCGACACAUUUUUAAAGCUUCAGUUUACAAAGUACUUGACAUUUAAAGGAAAUUUUAGUGUGGUAUUACAGAAAUGGUGGAUUUACAUACGAAACCAAAUAUAUUCUUUAAUAAAGGAGAGUAAUCAGUAAUAUAAACUCUGUUAUCUAAAGUUCCAUCGUCCAAAAUCUCUGUUAGAUGCCUCAUAAUUUGAUGUAUCUUUGUUUUGCCAAUAUAAUGAUAAUUAAUAAUUGUAAAGAUACUUUUGAGAAACUCCAAAAAGCCUGAUGUGCCUCUUGAAUAGUAUAGCUUUAUUUGUAAGCUAAGUAUCUCCAGGCCUCAGCAGCUGUGAGUCCAGAUGGCGGUCACAUCAGUAACAAUAAUCCGGACAUCCCAAAUUCUCUCUUCUUUACCUCUGCUGGCAGGACUCAAGCUCCCUGCGAAGUUUCCACUCCAACAAGUACAUCAGGAGUCAUCUUAUAUGGGCUCAGAAGAUGUUAGCUAUAGUUAUGACUUGACAUUUGCCCACAAAUAUUUGAGUGCCUGCUAGUCUAGGAUGAUGGGAAUGUAGCAGUGAACAAAAUAGGCAAGUCCUAUUGGAUGGUCCAGUCCUGCUUCCACUCUGGCUCCCCUCUGCCUUUUGCUGGCAAACCUGUAUGGGGCUGCCCUCAGUGAAAAUCCAUCUGGACCAAGGUUGCAGUCAGAGAUAUUGCUCCAGUUUGCCACCAGUCCUGGUAGUACCAUAGUGGUGGUAUGCUCAGUGCAAAGUUAACUGUGUUCACAGCACACUUCAUAAAAACAGUUCCUUUUGCUUUUCUUCUAAUCCCUUUCCCCUUGAAGGCUUAAAAAGUUUUCAAGUCCUAGAGACCUCAAAGCAAUCCCAAAUCCAUAAGCCCUUCCAUUCCCCUCCAUCCUUCCUUUUGUUCUGUCACAUAGGGAUGUAUGUAACUUCUCCUAGAAGCCAGGGACAAAUAACCAGCAUAAAUCCUUUCAUGCAAAUGGACCCUAAGGGCCCACCAACUACCUCUCUUUAAUCACACACACACACAC